AUGUCCAAGUCAAUAACGAUGACAUUCCUUUUGCUAGGUCUGCUGAUGAUGACAAUCACCCUUUCAUCAGCAUCCAAUGCAGCCAUGACGAAUUCUCUAGCCGAUGAUUUAUUAAAUUCUUCUAAUUAUGUAAAGAUGGAAACCGAAAGAUUGGGUUCCGUUCCUCGAGUAUCAUCCACAAGAACAGCUGAACCAGUUCUGUUUGUCCCCGAGCCAUGGAAAAAGCUUUCAGUUGAGAAUGGAAAGAGAAGUACAAACGAAAAUCAAAUGUUACAUCUCACCUUUGCAUUGAAGAAUCAAAACAUUGAUAAAUUGACUCAAUUACUUUUAGCUGUUUCGGAUCCUUCUUCCCCACAACACGAAAAUUACUUGACCAUGAAUCAAGUAGCAGCCAUGACGAGUCCAUUAUCCGAACAUAAGGAACUUGUUUUGAAUUAUAUCAAGAGCAUUCCUGGAUCUAUUAUUGUUAGAAUUUCAAAACAUGAAAAUUUGGUGAGCGCAUUGCUUCCAUUGAGUUCCGUAAACAAGUAUUUGAAGGCUGAUAUGCAAGCAUACAGACAUGAAAAAACAGGAGAUGUUGUUUUCAGAUCUGAAAUUGGAUAUUCCUUGCCAGAAAAACUUGCACAAGCUGUGACCAUGAUUUCUGGUUUGGUUCGUUUUCCAACUCUUGAAAGAAAGAUGGUUUUCAGUUCAGAUUCUCAACACUCUCGUACACCCAAUAAUUUUCCAAUUACACCAAAAGUGAUUUGGAACAGAUAUAACAUUACAUUCCCUGCAACUGUGGAUCCAAAGAGCUCUCAAGCUGUUGCCAGCUUUUUACAACAAUACUACAGCACUAGCGAUUUGAUUCUUUUCCAAAAUACUUAUGGACUUGAAAAGCAACUUCCAAAACUUGUUGGACCAAACAUUGAGUCAAAUCCUGGUGUUGAAGCCAGUUUAGAUAUUCAGUACUUGAUGGGUGUCGGAUACAAAAUCAACACGACAUUCGUAAGCACGCCAGGAAUUAACCCAAUUACAGAGCAAGAACCUUUCUAUGAAUGGAUUGUUAAGCAACAAGAAAUGGGUGACCAAUCUCCAUGGGUACACAGUGUUUCGUAUGGAGAUAUUGAAUAUCAAGCAACCAGACCAAUGGCUGAACAACUUGAUGCUGAAUUCAUUAAAUUCGGUGUCACUGGACGAACGAUCCUCAUUGCGAGCGGUGAUAAUGGUUCUCGGUGCAAUGAUGCAGGUACUCAAUUCCAACCAGAAUGGCCUACCUCUAGUCCUUGGGUCACUAGUGUGGGUGCUACUACUCCAUCAACAGAAUCAUGGUGGGAAGAAAGCACUUCUUGGAGCGGUGGUGGCUUUUCAAAUUACUAUUCCCAACCUAAAUAUCAAGCAAAUGCUGUCAAAUCUUACAUGGUUCAAAACGGCGUUCCUUCUACUCGCUUUUUCAACAUUUCUGGAAGAGCCUAUCCUGAUGUUGCUAGUUUGGGCGUGAACUAUCAAGUAUUUGUUGGUGGACUUGUGAAUAAUGUUGGUGGUACGUCAGCAUCCACUCCUUGUUUUGCAGGUGUCGUUGCCUUGAUGAAUGACGCUAGAUUUAAGGCUGGAAAGAAACCAUUAGGUUUCCUUAAUGUUUGGAUCUAUCAACAUGCUGGAAUUACUCCAUUUGCUUUCUUUGACAUUACACAUGGUAUUAAUACUGUGGCUCCAUGCCCUCAAGGAUUUCCUGCUUCCAAAGGUUGGGAUCCAAUCUCAGGAUUUGGUGUUCCUAAUUUUGCAAUUUUGAAACAUUUAGCUGUAUUGAAAUAA